GUGGUGCCUUGCAAAGCUCCUCCCACCGCUCGCGCUCUGACUCGCAGCCGUUGCCUAGGAGCGCCGGAGAGCGCAGUCAUGUUCCCCAAAGGGAAAAGCGCGGCGGUGCCGUCGGACGGUCAAGCACGGGAAAAGUUGGCGUUAUAUGUCUAUGAGUACCUGUUACACGUUGGGGCUCAGAAAUCAGCACAGACCUUCUUAUCAGAGAUCAGAUGGGAGAAGAACAUAACGCUGGGGGAACCUCCAGGCUUUCUCCACUCGUGGUGGUGCGUGUUUUGGGACCUCUAUUGCGCUGCGCCAGAAAGAAGGGACAACUGCGAACACUCCAGCGAAGCCAAGGCUUUCCAUGACUAUAGUGCAGCAGCAGCUCCGAGCCCUGUUCUGGGCAACCUGCCACCCGGAGAUGGCAUGCCAGGCGGGCCUAUGCCCCCCGGAUUCUUCCAGGGUCCAACCGGCUCCCAGGCUUCGCCUCACUCACAGCCUCCACCUAACGCUAACAUGAUGGGAGCUCACGGACAGCCGUUCAUGUCCCCACGUUACGCAGGAGGACCUCGACCGCCCAUCAGGAUGACUAACCAGGUCGGUCAGCCUCCCGGGGGACAGCCUUUACCUCCGAAUGUAAUAGACCCCACACGACCUCCAGGACAUCCGAAUCUGGGCCCCAUGCAGAGGAUGAACAUGCCCCGAGGGAUGGCACCCAUGGGACCCGGACCACAGUCCGAUCCCUGGUUAUCGUUGCAGAACUACGGUGGUGGGAUGAGACCUCCGAACUCAAUGGGCCCCAACAUGCCUGGAGUCAACAUGGGACCAGGAACCGGUCGACCGUGGCCAAAUCCCAAUAACACCAACACGAUCCCGUAUUCCUCCUCAUCUCCGGGCACAUAUGUGGGUCCACCAGGAGGCUCAGGAGGAGGCUGUCCACCAGGAACUCCCAUCAUGCCAAGUCCAGCAGAUUCGACUAAUUCUGGUGAUAAUCUCUACACAAUGAUCAACUCAGUGCCACCAGGAGGGAACAGGUCCAGCUUCCCGCUAGGUCCAGACGGCCCCAUGGGAGGGAUGGAGCCUCACCACAUGAACGGCUCGUUAGGCUCAGGAGAUAUAGACGGACUCCCGAAGAAUUCUCCCAAUAACCUGAGCAGUCUGAGUAACGCGCCCGGGACGCCACGGGACGACAGUGACCUAGGAGGGAACUUCCUGCACACUUUCCAAAACGAGAACUAUUCCCCAACGAUGACCAUGAGCGUGUGAUCAGCGUCAGCGUGUCCUCGCUCGCGGCGGCAAAACCAACACACCAAGAACUCCGCACGCAGCCAGAGAGCGACUUCAGACUCACCGCGGCGAGACGUCCAUCAGAUAAACAGCCCUGACGUCCAGCGUGACGCCUCCGACAUCAUCGCUCGUCUCAGCUGAGCGCUUCUCUUUUCUACAGUCAUGUUUUCACCUUCGUUUUUUAAAUUAUUAUUAUUACUAUGAUGAUUAUUAUUAUUAUUAUCACAUCAUCUUUUAUCAGAAAGUCAGAAGACAUGUAGCUCAUGAUGCUGGAACUUUGACGGAACACGUUUUAGGACCGGCGUAGUGGGAAAAAAAAUGAAACGAAAGAAGUGGACAGAACUUUCUCAGUCACAUUCCUGUAGAUCUUCAGCUGCGGCUUCGUCCACGGCAGAUCCUCCACACGGGACAGUCACAGGACCAUCGGGAAAUCUUUACUUCCUUUAUUUAGGGUUUUUUUUUGCCAACUCUACACACACACACACACACACUCACUGACUUUAUGUCGUUUUAUGUUUUCGAUUUUUACAGCAGUUAUCGACUUUUAUAGUCCUUUCCUAUUCGGUAUGCAAUUCGACUCGACUAUUUAUUUUGAAAUCUCAGCGUCUUUAGGUAAAGAUGGACGACGUGACGUUUUUACAAUCUUUACUUUCCCUGCUGCUCGCUAACGAGUUAUCUAACGUGCAUCCGCAGUCUAUAAUCGCUGGUUCUCGAUCAGGUCUCGUCUCAGAUUCCCCGGGUCUUUUCCUCCGCGUUCAGGAUAACGUGACUCGCCUUUGUUUUGUAUCUCAAGCACAAAGCAGGCUUCGGCACCGCUAAAGCUCUGAAAACCUCACUUCCUGUCUGGGAUUUUUAUUUUUAAUCAUUUGUGGCUGAUUUUCUCACGUUCUUGUAAUCAGACUGUUAAAUUUUUUUCCCCCACUUUAACCCUUUCCUGCUGCUUCAUGACACAAUCAAGGAGAAAAACUUUCAUUUUUAUUAAUAAGAAUUCAAAUCUUUUUAUUUCCAUAAAUGGAAAUUUAAAAAAUGAUGUGAUCUGAAUCUGGACCAGUAAAAAAAUUAAUUAAUUUAAAAAAUAAAUAAAUAAAAAUUGACUAAAAAUACAUUUACAGAUUUUUUUUAUUAGUUAAAAUUACAUUUCAGACCUAAAACAGUUUCCUAUAAAAAUUGCAAAUUUUCUGUAAUUAUUCUCAUUUAUCUACUACUUUAUUUCCUCUGAGAAUAAAUUAUUAUUAUUAUUAUUAUUAUUAUUAAAUUCUCGUUCUACACACAUUUCCUCGUCUCAAGCUCGUCUCGCUCUACUGGCAGAUCAGUUUACUCAUUUUAAGCAAAAAGUCUUUCUAAAAAGAUGGAAAUAAUCAAACAGAAUAAGAAAAUUGAUGAAAUAUUUUCCACACUUGUUUAUAAAUCUGUAUAUACUUUUUAAAAAAUCCUUGAUUUCUAUGAUUUCUCCAGAACCAGAAGUGUAAGGACGUUUCCGUCGCUAUGACGACCUUCUCCUCACGUCGUUUAUUCCUCUUUAACUACAAAAAAACACAUUUGUUUAUUCAACAACACAAUACUUUUUAUCCGUUUAUGGUUAAGUUUUAAGGUUCUGGAACGUCUCCACCAGAGGAACGAGUUCUCGCUCAGCGUCACGGUCUCUCCGUCACCAGCUUCUCCAUUAAAAAAAAAUAAAACUCCUCCGUCACGAGGACGUCCGAAAAAAACCAAGUAACGGCUUCACCUCCGACGCUGGAGACUCCUUCCAGAAAAAAAAAAACGUUAAAUAAACUCCUCCUCCUUCUUACAGAACACGCCCCCCUUAUCGACCUUUAGUCUUGUUACUAUGGAAACGAACGAGUGCAUGAAUAUAAAGCUGAUGUUAUGGGAGAUUAAGCUACACCUCUUCCUCCUCCUCUGACCAAUCAGAA